CAUUUACAUUUGGCACUAUGAUUACGCAUGAUUUGUUGUUUAUUUUCAUAUCCUUUCCGGCAAUCAUAGCAACCGACCAGCGAUCGGAUGGAAUAGUUUGCAGUUCGUCCGAAAUAGCAGACGGCCAUAUAGCAGAGGAAAACUGUGCCCGUACAUUGUGCGGCGACCGGCCUACGGCUAAACUAGAAAUGUCGACAAAAUUGUUUGCCUGUGAUUUUGAAGUAUUUGGCACGGUGCAGGGCGUGUUCUUUCGCAAGUACACCCAAAAACAGGCAUCGAGUUUGGGCAUACGUGGAUGGUGCAUGAAUACCCGAGAUGAUACGGUGAAGGGUCAGCUCGAGGGUGAGGAAAAACCGAUGAACGAAAUGAAACAUUGGCUGCAAACCAAGGGGAGCCCAUCGAGCCGUAUUGAUAAGGCGGUUUUUAGCGUCCCCAAGGAAAUAACUUCCUAUUCGUUCAAAGACUUCUCAAUUCGUCGUUAAAUAAGCUUGACUAACUGUUCGAUUAGAAACUCCUCUAUGAGCUACAAGUAAAAAGAUGUAUAUUUUUGCUUAGAGCAAGAAGCCAUUAGGCACAAGGUACACACGAGUACCACGAAAAAGCUGUUAAA